AUGCCUCCCUCUGUUCCCAAUGCCAAGGGCUCCGACGCUCCAUCAGAUGUUCCAUACGGAACAUGGAACUCGUUCCCUUGGGAGCCUUUUCCCGAGUACGCUGGCUCCAAGUCCGUCCUCUAUCGUUCUGCGGACGGAAAGAUUGUUGCCGGCGCAGCCAAAGAAACCGGCACCGCCACGUUAACUUAUCCUUGCGAUGAGUUCUUCUACGUCACUGAAGGUUGGAUCAAGUUGAGCAUCCAUGGAGGGGAGUCAUUCAUCCUGAGAAAAGGGCAAUUUAUUUAUCUGAGGAAGGGCACGACGGUGGAUUUUGAGUUUGGGCCUGAUUUUGCGAAUGUUGCUGUCUUUAUCGACGAUAGCCCAGUAACACUUAUUUAG